AUGCACACCCACCACCACCAACAACAAGAACAGCAUCAACAGCAACAGCAACAGCAACAGCAACAACACCCGCCACUCCCGCUUCCGCUGGCUCUCCCCCAUCCACACCCACAGUCCCUGACACUCCCUCACCCACAUCACUUACAACAUCAACAUCAGCUUCCAUACCAACACCAGCAUCAACAGCCUCCUCAACAAAUGUCUCUUCCUCUUUCGACACAUCUCUAUAGAGGACCCACUUACAUCUCUCCUUCUCAACACUCCCCCCAUCAUCCUCCACAGGGCCAACAGCUGCUCUACCAAGGUUAUCCGCUCUACUACCAGCAUUCUUCUCCAACUCCAUCCACACUUCCUGUCCCCGUCUCUGUCCCCGUCCAGCCUUUCCAAGGAGGCCAACCGAUCCAGCACCCCCAGCACCCCCAGCAUCCCCAGCCAGUGCAGUUGCAACAACAACAACAACAGCCACUAGUCUCUAAUGGAGGCAUCAAACCCGACACCAACACCAACACCAACAUCAACACCAACAUCAACGAAAACACCAAUGGGGAAAGUAAACUUCGACGUGGCCCAUGGUCCCCUGAAGAAGACAAACAACUACUUGAACUUGUAUCAAUGUUUGGAGGAGAAAAAAACUUGAAUUGGGUGAAAAUAUCACAAAUAUUAGAAACCAGAACUGCCAAGCAAGCUCGAGAGAGGUACCAUCAGAAUUUAAAGCCUUCAUUGAAUAGGAGUCCUAUAUCACCCGAAGAGGGGAGGUUGAUUGAGGAGUUGGUUGAGAAACAUGGGAAAAGAUGGGCUGAGAUUGCACGUCACUUGAAUGGCCGUAGUGAUAAUGCCAUUAAGAAUUGGUGGAAUGGAGGCGCCAAUCGUCGUAAGAGGUUGAAUGGCAAGAAAAAUGAUAAUGAUGGUAGAGAAGAAGGAGAAGAGGGAAUGGAAGGAAAAGAUGGGAAGGAUGUCAAGAAGGACGACAAGGAGAAAGGUGCAAUUAAUAGUCUGUUAUCCACGCAGAACCCCUCCGAUUCAUUGACCAAAUCAAACAGAUUCGAUCUGUCUCCAUCUACUGCAGAUAGAGAUCGUAAAAGAAAGGUACAUGAUGAAGGUACAUCAAAGAGGAGAAAUUCAAUUGCAUCUACGAGUAGCUUGAAUGGGAAUGCAGGCGUUCCAUUUUUAAGUCCUACUAGUUCCAACUCUUUAAAGUCCAAGAGUUCUAGGGCCUCCUCUGUAGGAUCCACCGAAUUCUUUGAAUCUCAUGGCCCGUUAUACACGGGUCCCAACAGUCGUCGUGCCUCCAUGUGGGCGUUCCCGCCUUCUUCAAGCCACCGGGGGUCGGUGGGGAGUAUUCCAGGCAACCACAAUCUAAGAAGGGCCAGCCUGAAUGUCAAUGCACAAAUGAGCUCUCGUAGGGGCAGUUUAGGAGGCCGGUUGUCAAUUACAAGUUUGAACCAGUAUGCUCUCUCACAGCAGCAUCAACAACAGCAUCAACAACAGCAUUCUCAGCAGACGUCGACAACGUCUCCUGCAUCGUCUCCCUCCCUGUCUGUCUCUACGGUGUCCGUGCCGUCAUCAACGGGGGAAACACUGUCGUUCAAGAAGAACAUAUUCAAGAAGGGUUUCAAUUUGGGAGCUACUCCUGUCUACCAGGAGGGAGGUAUCAAGGCGGUCGAAGGCCCCAAGGGAGAGAGUGACGGUCUGGAGCGUGAGAAGAAGAAGAAAGGCUGUUCCAAGAUGUCCAUUGCCUCUCUUGUUAGUUGA